AAAUUUUUAAAAUAUAAAUCGAAUUCAGAUUAUGAAAGAUGGAGGAUACAGGAAGCGAUGCUGAAGAUUUAAUCGGGGAAACCGUUUGCAUUUGUGGGAAGGUUUACGAAGAUGAUGUGUUCAUGAUACAGUGCGACAUUUGUCGGAAUUGGCUCCAUGGAGACUGCAUCAAGAUUGACGAGCUAAGUUCGUCAGAUAUAGACAAGUACCAUUGUCCAACAUGUGAACCCCUCUGCGGACCUUCUAUUAUGAAGGUUGAAACGAACUGGCACCGACAUGAUAAAACUGAUCCUCAGGCCACAUAUAAACCUCUUCAGGUUGGAACAAAAUUAUUUGUUGACGAAUUAUCGAAAAGGAUUUUUUCUACUGCUGAUGAUAUCAUUAUGAAGGUAUCAGGGAAGCAGUUGACCCUGCCUUACUUAAAUCAAUCAGGGUUCAAUCAUCCUAUCCUUGUAACGGAUAAAGAUGGACUUACGAUGACCACUCCGCAGGCUGGGUUCAAUAUUGACAGGAUUUGUGAUUAUCUUGGAGACGAUUAUCCGUUGGAUAUAAUAGAUGUGCACAGGCAGCAAGCCUGCCAGAUGUCUCUAGCGCAGUUUGCCGCGGUCUUCAAUACGCCUUAUCCAGACCGAGUUUUAAACUGCCUUAGUUUGGAGGUCUCAGAAACAGGAAUGGCGGAUCCGGUAUUCUCUCCUCCCCUGGUUGCUCGGAAGCUGUGCUGGGUCAAUAAUGUUUGGCCUUCAGGGUCAUCGCUACCUUACCCUAAACCUCAGGUGCAGAAGUAUUGUAUAAUGAGCAUGGAGAAUUCGUUUACAGAUUUUCAUAUAGACUUCGGGGGCACUUCAGUCUGGUAUCAUGUCUAUCAAGGUGAGAAGUACUUCUAUUUGAUCCGUCCUACCCCCGCCAAUAUUUCUCUUUAUGAACGAUGGACCAGACUUUCAACACAAAGUGAAACCUUCCUUGGGGACAUGGUGGAUCGAUGCUACCUUUUGAAACUGACCCAGGGACAAACAAUAUUUAUUCCGACAGGUUGGAUCCACGCAGUGUAUACCCCAGUGAAUAGUAUAGUUUUUGGAGGCAAUUUCCUUCAUUCACUCAAUAUCCAACUUCAGCUUAGAAUUUACGAACUAGAGAAUAGAUUAAAGGAUCCACCUAAAUUCAGAUUUCCGUCAUUUGAGGUGGUGCACUGGUUAGCUGCAGGGAAGCUGAAGAAAGAUCUGGCGGAUUUAAACUCAGACAACACUCCCUGUCCAAUCAAUCUUCUAAAUGGUAUUCGGUCCUUGGUCACCACACUCAAGUCCUGGAUUACAGAUAUAAACCACCCUGUAAUAUCAGACCUGGACUGUGCAACCACCUUGAAAGAUCUGACCAGAGAGGUCAAGAACGCAGAGAGAAUAUCACUCAAGGUAAACCCACCAAAGCCGGAGCGAGAAUCCAACCGUCGACGAAAGAAGAAAACAUUAGACGAAGAUUUUAUUGAUAUUUCUGAUCCUGGGAGCUUGUACCUGCUGGACUACCAACCACAAACCACAACUCCUAAGAAAGGCCGUGGAAGAAUUGAGAAAGUUAUCGCUGUCAAAUCCAAACCCAUCGAUCAUCUUUCCUCGUUCCCCUUCUCCUCUCCUCCUCUCCCUUCUCUCCACCCCCAUCUUCCUUCCUACGGAGCUCCCUCUCAACCCCUUCCUGGCACACCGGGUCCUCAGUCAUAUCUUUACUCAGAACCAACAGUCUCUCCUCUUAAACUCAGUUUGUCAGUUCCCAAGAACCAGGAAUACCUGGACGGUGCAAUUAUUGAUAACAGAGGAGAAAUUCCGAUCUCUAAACGCGCAGAAGAAUCAGCAUAUUCUGGUUAUGACCUGACUGACCGGGAUUCAGUCCGUCUACUGCUUGCCACCAGGAAGCAAGCUGAACUCAAUAAAUCUGGAGAUCUCAACUCUCAGCUCAGCGAGGCUCUCACGGAUUUCGGAAGAGAACAGGAGGGACUGGUUAUAGACGAGAAAGCUGCAAAGAAGUUUAAAAAAUCUAUAAAACUUCGUUUGUCUGUUUCUUCUAGUACUGAGCCUGUUGUACUGGCAGAACCAAGUGUUCAACCCCCCUACCCUCAGUUAGAUAGUCCAAGUACCCGGGAUGCUGUUGACGGAAUGCUCUUCAUGUCUCAGAAAGCAAAACUUCAUCCGAAGAUCGCAAUGAAAGCCUCUUUUCGAAAGAAAAUAAGCACUGCCCCUAACAGACUGAAAGAAGAGAAAAUAAAUAAAGUUCAUCAGGACGAUGAUUUUAUUUAUCCUGGAUUAGAUGUAUCAGACGACGAAGAACUGCCCGUCAGAAACGACGACGAAUCUUGGAAUCCAAAAAUUAAAAUGUCAACCUUUGGUCCUAAAAAAGAGCGACCAAUAAGAGAAUCCGCCAAAAAUAUUGCAAUUGAAAAAGGUCUGAAACACGCUGCCGAGAAUCGAAACAGUUUCGCGAGAAUCAAAAGCUCGGGAAAAAUUGUAAAGAAGCGAUCUGACGAACACAAGAUGUCGCCGAAAACGUUAGCCUUGUCGUUCGACGACAAGAACCGCGGUCGGAAAGUGUGUUCAACAGCCAAGCAAAGACUGGGCAAGAUUUUAGGUUUAAAAUUUUAAGUUUAGAAUUCAAAUUCAAUUGAAACUGUGUAACGAUAGUUUGUACCAAAGUCUGUAUUAUUAUUCUCUACUUCAGAAUCUUUUGUAAAUGUGCAUUAGUUUUUUUACAGUAAUUAACAAGGUAUAAGAGUGGAAUUAAAGUCGUCAUCUUUUAAGAUUAGAAACGUGAUUUAUAACAUUAGAGUAAAUAGAUAAACAGUAAAGAUGAACUGAAUCUGGUAGAUAUAGAUUUUAAAAACAUGUCUCACACUAGAUUGCGCUAGCUUGAAGUUUAGACAUAAAGCUUGCAGAUUUUUUUCUCUCUUAGCUUUCCACAGACUCAGUGACCUCUAGGGUGGAAUAUUAAUUAAAAUGUAUAUUUAGCAGUAUGGGCAAAUGCGAAGUGGAGGGGGUUCCAGGUUCAGGUAGGAAAUGAGGGGGGGGGUAAUGAAGAUUCUAAAUCUAUUUACUCUAAUUUUAUAACUAGAAUAACUCUGAAAUUAGCAUUGAACAUUAAAUCACCGAUAUAUCGGCCAUGAAAGUAAAUUACAAUCUAACAAAGACGAUUUUCAUUCUGUUUUUGGUUAUUGGUGUAUUUUAUUUUAACCUUCCGGCCUCAAGAUAGACGUACAUUAAAAAAGUUAUCGUUUGAACACUCUUAAUGAUGCAAAGUACAAUUUGCAUAUGUUCUACGGUCGUUGUCGUAUAUAUCAAUACAAUGAAGACGACUGGGAAAUAGACAGUCGUCUUCAUUAGACUGAGCUUGAUCAAACAUCAUGUGGAUAAAAAAAAUCAUGGGAACAAAGAAAAGCUGUCAAUUAACAGUUUUUCCUUGUUUAAUUGUAAACAUGUAAUUUGAAGACAAAACUUUCAUUGACAAGUCGUCUUCAUUAUAUUGAUAUAAAUGCUGACGACUGUAUUAUAGAUAUAUUUAAAAUUAUAUGUGACAAAUAUUUGUUAUCAAGGAAGAUGUAGGAAUGUGUUUGUUUACAUGAUAAAUGGUACUGCUAUUCUUGUGAGAAAUAUGCAUAAAUCAGGGGCUACACCUGAAGCGGAAAUUAAAGAAAAUAUCUUUAAAAGAAGCUUCAGAGUUUCCUUUUUGGAGUCUAUGCAAUUGUGAAGAUAUUAUUUUAAAAACUAGAAAAUGAAAAUGCAAUUCAUUUUAUUAUAAUUUGAACCCAUAUAUGAAACCUGGGUUCCGGGCCUUACCAUAAGUUCUGUGUACAUAUCUCCCAGAAACUGCGGUACACAGUUUAUGUAAACAAGCAUGUGUACUUUCCUUAUUUUUAUCGUUUUCUUGCGUUUAUUGUACAACUGUGACUGUUUAAAAUUGUACACUUAUCUGAUUUUAAAACCAUUUUGUGAACAUGUUCUACAUUGCAACAUUAUGUUCAAUGUACGCACUUUUUAACAAUUCAAUUAUGGAAGUCUGCAGAGUUACGCACAAGGAUUGUGACUCCACAGCUGUUAACUUACUUCUUUUCUUGGCCUAUUCAUCUAAAAUAACAUUCCGAAUUGAGUUACAGGUCAGUCAUUAUUUAUGGGUAACCCUGUAUACUAAUGACAAUUGUAAAUUAAAAAUGAAAUUAAAAAUUCGAUGAAAAUUUAAGAAUUUCUGAUUUGUCUGUUUUAAUUGAUCUCAAGCAGUCUUAUCUCAAGCAGUCUUAUCUCUUAUUAUUGAAAUUGUGUAUUUGUAAGAUGCUUUAUUACUUUGUUUUGUAAACUCUGUCUUUCUUUUGUAAAAUAUAUAAUAGUUAAACUUA